ACUUUAAUUUCGAAUUAGUUCUAAUUAAAAGCUGGUGCGCGCAAGUUCAAUUUCUUUUGUGAAAAUAAUUCUUUAGUGAGCACGACAGAUUUUCGACACUGCAACAUGGCGGCCAUGAGUAAAUUGUUUGAAUAUUUGAUUGAAAACGACGUGAAAUGUACAAACUUUUUUCACAAGUACAGCUGUAAAACCAAUUCGCUACUCAUCACAUAUAAAUUUCUACUAUCGAAUAUGAAAUAUUUCGCGCCUAUUAUUGGUCUGCCCUUACUGCUGCGUAUACGUUCGUUGAACAAGAAGGUCCUGCUAGCGACGCUGCAAUAUUAUGUCGAGGCAGUGAUGACUGGCACGGCUAUCGGUUGGUCUGUAAUAGUUUCGAUUUGUAUUUCGCGACACAUAUUUGGAAAAUUCACCUAUUUAAGCACCUUAUUGCUGCCCACAUUCGUAGGCAGCUUUGGUCAAUACAUCGUUCCAAGUCCACGAGUUCAUCGCCUGUUCGCCAUCACCAUCUUUCAGUGUACGCUCGAAAGUUUGAUUAUACAAAAGAAGACGGUGCUCGCGAAAUUGAUCGCUAACUCUUCAUUGCUGCGCACAUUUAUGUUUAUGUGUUUUAGUGCCUUAAUAUUGGAUGUCAAGCGGAGGAAAGCAUUCAACGGUUUUUGGUUGAUGGAACCGACGCCUCAAAAUGCAGCUACAGUGGAUCAGGAAGCGAAUGGCGACAAUGGAACGUGCAACAGUACUUGCGGCCACAAAAUCAAAUCCUGCAAACAAUAUGCGCUGCAAGGCAUACGAAAUUUCAUGAUAACUGGACUAGCUUUGGACGCCAUCAAAAUGCUGCUGGCCAAUGUGCCAGCCGAUGUCAACGGGUUCACGGCAAAACUCUGGGUCAAAUUGAAAACUUUCAAAAUACGCUCGGCCGCACUGCUCACCUCGUAUGUCGCCAUAUAUAGGCUUCUGCACUGUUACUUUAAUCGCAAUUUCGGUGGUGACUCACAGCUCAAACACGCCGCGGCGGCAUUUCUGAGUGGCUCAUCUUUCAUAUUUUUUCCAAAAUUAACACUGCUCUGCUAUGCUUUGAUUCUCGGUGUACAAAUUUGCUGGAAAGAAUUGACGACUUACUUGAGCGCCGAACGUUAUGGCGGAACCUUUGAGUGGGUCCAACGGCUGCCCUGCACUCUGAUACUUUAUCCAGCUGCGCUCGCAUACUUGGUGCAUACUCAUGCCAUUCGCAAACAUUAUACCAACAAGCUCGGUGGUUUAGUCAUAAAUGGUCUCACAAAUAACUAUGUGAAAUUCGUGCAAGCAAGCUUUGGAAAAAUCGAACAACAUUUGGCGCAAUGUCCCCCCGCUUUAUAGACAUAAUUGAAUAAAAUUGAAAAAAUAAAAAUAAAAAUAAAAAAUAAUGUAAGUUAAAA